AAAAUCCAAGGAAACUGAACGACUACAGGAAGUGUCGCAACACUCAUCCUCAGUCCUGCAGUCAAUGAAAGCUAAUAAAUUUGAGCAGUCUUACGGUUAUUUUUGUACUGAUAAAACCUGUGUCAGCCCCAUUUUCUGUCUCCGGCUGUGGUGUGCUCAGUGUAGAAGUUCAUGACGGUUGUUGACGAGGUUUCUUUAGCGCUCAUCAUGCCUGUCCGAGCAGAGUGCCGCUGUCCACCCGGCGCGGCCUGUCCAUCCUCGGCCUGUCUUGUUCCACCCGCACCGAUCAACACCCACCAGCCCGGGGUGGCCACCUCUCUGCUCUACAGCGGCGCGCAGUACCGGGGUUAUCAGAGGAGCAAAGGGAACUCCUACGAUGUCGAAGUUGUUUUACAGCAUGUGACGAUGGACGACUCAUAUUUGUGUGGAUACCUGAAGAUCAAAGGCCUGACUGAGGAGUUUCCCACUCUUACAACGUUCUUUGGUGGUGAAAUAAUCAGCCGCAGGCGGCCUUUUUUAACGCGGAAGUGGGAUGCAGAUGAGGAUGUUGACAGAAAGCACUGGGGGAAGUUUCAAGCUUUUUACAAACACGGUAAAACCUUUAACUCAGACAACUUUGACUACAAAACACUGGAAAACAGUGACUACAUCUUCAUGAGGUGGAAGGAGCAGUUUCUUGUUCCAGACCACACGAUCAAAGACAUUAGCGGUGCCUCCUUCGCUGGUUUCUACUACAUCUGCUUCCAGAAGUCCACAGCCACCAUUGAGGGCUACUAUUACCACAGAAGCUCAGAGUGGUACCAGUCACUUAGUCUAAACCACAUACAGGAGCAUAGUAUGCCUAUUUAUGAAUUCCGAAUCCACCUGCAGGACGUCUCCUGUGCAUUCUUGAAUGAGACUGAGAGGCUUCUGUUGCAGCUCGUUUCUCCACAGUAUUUCCUUCCAGUCAUCAUGGAGCAUGAGUGUUUUCCCAUCAGCAUCCGUUUAACUGGAGUCCUCCGCAAGGAGAAGAUCAAAAUGUACAUAACUUCUGUGCUUUGGUCGGAUCAGAAUGAGAUUGUAGUUUAUAGAAGUUUUGAUGAUUUCAGGAAAAUGCAUAAACAACUGAAGAAGACGUUUUCAUCUGGGAGUAAAAUAAAUAAAUCUGUCAGAAUCCUUCCUAAAUUUCAAAGCAACAAAAUGAAGCAGAAGAGCCACGGCAAGGGGCUUUAUAAAUCAGUGGUGUGCCUUACGUAUUUGCAGAAAUACUGUAAUGAGCUCCUAAGGUGCGAUCAGCAGGUCUUGCAGUCUGCAGACCUAAGAAGGUUCUUGCAACCUAAGGAGAAGGAGCUGCAGCCAGAGUUCACCAAAAACAGUAUCAUGAUCAUGCCCUCCGAGGACGAGCUCAGGAGCUUUGUAGGACAUGACACCGGCAUUAGUGUGACCCAGCCAUUCAUCACAGAGACCUACAGAUGUGUAGCUCCAUUUGAGACCAAAGACACCAAAAACAAACCAUUCAAAGCUGCCGUGGAUGAGAAAUUCGACAUUCUCAUCAAAGACAUAACAGGGUGGUGGCUUGUAGAGAAUGAGGAGAAGAGGAUGGCCUGGUUCCCUGCACCUUAUCUGUAUAAGCUAGAAGAUGAGGAGGAUGAAGAGGAGCUGGAUGGGAUAUCAGAAAGAGGGGUGCUUUACCAAGUCAUCAAGAGCUACAGUUCCACCAAAGAUGAUGAAGUAAGCGUGGACAUUGGCACAGUGGUGGAGGUCCUGCGGAAAUCUGAAAACGGCUGGUGGCUCAUUAGACACAAUAGAAAAACUGGUUACAUCCCAACCCUGAUCCUGCAGCCCUACAGAUACCCUCACAUUCAGAUGACGCCUCAGCAUAAUGUGCAAAACUCGUCCUCCUUGCUUGCCCCAUCCUCUCCCUUACACCACAGCUGUUUCUGUGGCAACCUGUCUCAACUUUCUAAUUGCAGGCCCACCUCCCCCAACCUGACUGGCACCCACAGGUCCCAGUCUCUGAACAGGCUGUGUGACGGGCCUUAUGCUCAGCCUGCAGCAAGCCACUCUGUUCCAGCACAAAAACACUCCACCACUCCAACUUCUGCAAUUCAGGGCCCUGCUCCGGUUAUCAUGGUGCAGAGUGAUGGAGAGAAGACUGGCAGGAUCCUCAGAGGACAGUCAGUGGACAGCUUCGAAAGCGACAGUGAUAAUGCCCUCUCCAUGUCUGCCAGCUCAUCCCUCAACCUGAGUUACAGCGCCAACGAUGAACAGCUGCAACUUUGCCGCACAUCCCCUCCCAUGGUGGCCAGCUGUCUCAGCCCAACAAACAACCCCAAGGGUACUUUACUUCCCAGUGUCUCUGACCCCAACCUCUACAAGGGGCCCAGGUCCCCCAAGGUGCCCCCCAGACCCCAGCCCCAGGAGAUUCUCACCCGUUGUACCACAGUCACCUGUAAGAAUGCAACCAAAAGCAACCUGUCACACAAACUGAGGUAACAGGUCGAUUAAACGUAAGUUAGGCUUUUUUAUUAUUACUACUCCUGUUGUCUGAGUAGAUUGUAUUCUGUGAUCUUAACUGGACACACUGGUUUCAUGACUGUCUUGAAACAUGAAAAUGGUAAAAACCAAAUAGAAAAUACAGAUUCUGCAAUAAUAUAAGAAAAAUAUAAUUUCGCUUUGGUGAUCAAUACUUAAGGUAACCUAGCAACUGGAUGUAUUUUCUAUACUGGAAACCUUGCAUUAUGUAAUAUAAGCAUUCACACUGUGCCAAGUGCACAGGAAGAGAGGUUUAUCUGCUCUUAGAGAGAAAAGGUACAUGAUUAUGUUCCAUAAGUUUAUCAACUCUAAUACAUACUGUGCAAUCUAUCUGAUUUCUGAACUUAUUAUAACUGUAGAGAGUAUUAGUAAAUAUAUCUUGUCGGUUUAAUGCUGAAUGUUGUCUUUGUGUCAUUCCUGAAAGAGAAAUGUACCACACAUAGGGUCUUUCACGUUAAAAAAACAGGGUAGUAAAAAGACUCCCCUUUUAUACUUACGUUUGUACUUUGCACUACUCACAAAACGUUGCACUAUAACUUUUGCAGGUGAACCUAAUGUGACCUUCUCUAAACACGUCAAUGGACAAAUCCAACAGUUUAGUGUUUCGGUACUUUUUGCAAAACUUGAUGUUCUGAUGUCAGACGGAUGUGGUCACUGGGCUUAGAGUGUCACAGUGUCAUCAGCAGGUUGCAACAGAGAUACAGAGAGACUGGAACUCCAGCCACAUUUAAGGAAGGUGAGAGACACCCAAGUGUCACAAGUCGGACCAUUUGAAAUCAUUUACAUCAGCGUGGUCUGCAUGCUAGACAAUCUGCAAGGGCUCCUGACCACAUCACCAGGCACAGGCAUCAUCGCCUUGCAUGGGCCAGGGAGCAUUUACGCUGGACGAGGGACCAGUGGGCCUCAGCACUUUUUUCUGGGGGAAGUCAAUUGACGUUGAGCAGAAAUGAUGGCACCAACAGUGUUGGAGACGUCAAGGAGAGUGCUAUGCAUCACCCAUAGUUGUCACCAAACGAGCCUUUGGUGGUGGUGUUAUAGUGUGGGCAGGCGUGUCUAGUCAAUACAGAACUGCCCUACACUUUAAAAAUAGUACAUUGACACACCCACAAUAAUCCAGUUAUUGUGCCCCUGCAUGAACAACACAGGCCUAAGUUCAUCUUCAUGGAUGACAAUACUUCCAGCUCAUCAAGGCUGCGUCAUUAAUGAACGGUGAAUGGAGUAGCCUCCCAUUUCUCCAGACCUGAAUCCUAUGGAAAACGUAUGGAAACAGCGAAGUAGUCAGUAGAGGCUCGUAACUCUGUACUCCAGAACCUCAGUGACCUGAGGGCCGCCCUUCAAGAAGAGUGGGAUGCCAUGCCUCAGGCAGACAAUAAGUCCACUUGUGAACAGCAUCCGACGUUGUUGUCAAGCUGUAGUUGAUGCUCAAAGGCACAUUAUUGAGACACUGAAAGUAUUUGUUGUGGUAUACCUACAUUUGUUGUUGGCUUUUGUUUCAAUAAAUUGUGAGAUGAGGAAAUCACCAUUGCAUGCUUCUACUUAAAUGCCCUACUUUCAUUAAAUAAUAUCACUGUACCGUGAACAUUUUAUGUUUUCCAUAAAUAACCCGAAAGCCAAAUAUCCCUUACUUUUUGUAAGUAGUAUCUUUGAACAUGUAGUGACUCAAUUUUUGUCAAUUGUUUUUAUGAAAAAUACUCAAACCAAUCCGAUUAAACAAACGACUUCCAUGAACAUCAUUUCUCAAUUUUUGCGAAUGAUGCUUAAUUUAAUUUAGGCCUGGACUUUGACUUGGGAGACCUUAUUCAGAGCACAAUUCUGAACUCUUCUUAAUAAUCAU